AUCUUCCACGUUAGUUUCGUCCUAGAGAAGGACGCUGAAGGGAGUUAAAUCUUAUAUUGGAAGGUAACUUUAAUCACAGUUAUCUAUCUAUUCUGUAGUCUAUUAUCAUUAUCUAUUUAUGAACUAACUGUAGUGGUGUAAAGGUUCGCCGCGAUAAUCUCAAUUGCUAUAAUAAAUUUUUUACAUACUUUAGUUAAUUUGUAAGUGCCUACGAUUUGAUAAUGAGUACUGCAGGCAAGGUAAUCAGUUGCAAGGCCGCAGUGGCGUGGGGACCUAAAGAGGAGCUGAAGAUAGAAACCAUCGAAGUAGCUCCACCAAAGAGCCACGAAGUGAGAAUUAAGAUUCUUUAUACCGCCGUUUGCCACACUGAUGCAUAUACCUUGAGCGGCCAAGAUCCUGAAGGCCUAUUUCCCGUUGUCUUGGGACACGAAGGUGCUGGUAUUGUAGAAAGUGUCGGAGAAGGCGUUACAAGUGUUAAGCCAGGUGAUCAUGUCAUUCCUCUCUACGUUCCACAAUGUAAUGAGUGCAAGUUCUGCAAAUCCCCAAAAACGAAUUUAUGCCAGAAGAUCCGUAUACCGCAAGGUAGGGGAGUCAUGCCUGACGGUACCUCCAGAUUGUCUUGCCAAGGGAAAAUGUUGCACCAUUUCAUGGGGUGUUCUACCUUCAGCGAAUAUACUGUCGUGGCUGAUAUUUCGGUAGCCAAGGUGAGCGACGAUGCUCCUUUGGAUAAAGUCUGCUUGUUGGGUUGUGGAGUACCUACCGGUUAUGGGGCAGCUCUCAACACCGCCAAAGUAGAAAAAGGCAGCACUUGUGCUGUAUGGGGACUGGGUGCCGUUGGCCUAGCUGUAGGGCUCGGAUGUCAAACAGCUGGUGCUUCUAGAGUCAUUGGCGUAGAUAUAAACCCCGAAAAGUUUGAAAUUGCAAAGAAUUUUGGUUUCACCGAGUUUGUGAACCCCAAGGACUACGAGAAGCCCAUUACAGAGGUUCUGAUUGAAUUGACCGACGGAGGCCUAGAUUUUACCUUCGAAUGCGUUGGAAAUGUGCGCACUAUGAGGGAUGCUUUGGAAUCCUGUCACAAAGGUUGGGGGGUCUCUACUAUUGUAGGGGUAGCUGGUGCUGGGCAAGAAAUCAGCACCAGACCGUUUCAGUUGGUCACAGGCCGUGUUUGGAAGGGCACAGCCUUUGGAGGUUGGAAAAGCCGAGAAAGCGUACCCAAACUGGUGGAGGAUUACCUAGCGAAAAAAUUGAAACUAGACGAGUUUGUUUCCCACUUUCUUACAUUCGAAAAACUAAAUGAAGCAUUCCAUCUCAUGCACAAGGGUGAAAGCAUCCGCACGGUUCUGUCCGUUGCCCAAUAAUUUCCGCUUACUAGCUUAGCGUUGGUCUUGGUUGCACGUUACCUGAUAUUAUUCCUGUCACUUUUUAUUGGUUAUUAAAUAAAACUUUAUGCAUUUU